AGCGUCAUGCCGCUUUCAAUUGGAAGUUCCAUAAUCCAUCCAAAACUAUUGCUACCCCAUUUGUAGACCCCGUAGUCGAAAGAUCUCAGUACUUCACCUUUCUCUCAGCGUCGCUCCCCAUAUCGCAUGCACUUCCUACUCAGCAUUCUUAUCACACUUCAUAGAAGUGAACGAUACGUGUUUUGUCUGACUGCUUCAUCGCCUACGAUCAGCGCUACAGUAGUCGGUUUCAGCUCCACAGUUCAAAUUUCGGAGUGCGUGAUAGUUUUUAGUUAACUUCCUUCUUUCUGGUCGCGGAGAUGCGAGUGACACCGCGAAUAUGUUUUAGUUUGAACCCAUAGUUAAGAAUUCCAGAUCCGAGAGAGAGAGAGAGAGAGAGAGAGAGAGAGGUUGCAGACGUGAGUGUCUGAGAUUUGUAGUUAGGUUUCCCACUCUUCAACUCACGACGAUUUUAGAUUUCAAGUUUCGUAUCAGAACAGGGGACGCGAGAUUCAAGUUCCUUCACCAACAAGCAGAGAUUUCUGAAGGGCUUUAUUUGCGUAGUUUGGUUGGUGUUCACGAAGGCUUAACUUUGCAGAAACCGACGGUGUGGGUGCUAAGGACACCAUGGUGCAAAUCGUGGAAUUUCGAGUGAUUAUGCCGCUAUUACUGGAGGAGUAUAGAGUAGCGCAAAUGUACAUGGUCAACAAAAUCCAAGAGCAGCAGACAGGAGGAGGCGAAGGUGUGGAAGUGCUGAUAAACAAACCUUUUGAGAAUGAAGAAUUUGGCCGAGGUCAAUACACAUCGAAAAUAUAUCAUUUGCAAAGCAAAAUUCCUUCCUGGUUGUCAGCAUUCGUUUCAACGAAGUUUAUGUACAUUGAGGAAGAGGCGUGGAAUGCGUUUCCUAAAUGCAAAACAGUACUCAAGUGUCCAUAUCUGAACAGGUUUAAGCUUACUAUUGAAACCAUCCAUGUAGCAGAUAACGGCAACACUGUAAAUGCACACAACUUGGAUAAGGAUGCGCUCGCUUUAAGGAAGGUAGAAUAUCUGGACAUUGCGUCAAACGUUAAGGAUUAUUGGAACUACGUUAUUGGUGGUCCAGAGAUAGACCUUACCAAAUUCAAAUCUGAGAUAACUGGGAGAGGACCUCUUGCACCUGGUUGGCAGGCUGCAUGUGACCCAGUGAUGACUGCGUACAAACUGGUGACCGUCGACGUACCCUACUGGGGCUUCGGUUACAGAUUGGAGCAGGCUCUUUUAGGGGCUGAGAGGGCAUUGUUUUUGGAGAGUCACAAACAAUGCUUUCACUGGAUCGACGAGUGGUUCGGCCUUACUUAUGAAGAUGUGAGGCGGAUGGAGAUGGAAAAUGAUCUCGCACUGAAUCAGAAAUUAGGGAAACUCACGAUUGUUUCAAAUGCCUGCGAGAACGGCUCAAGUGCCGGAAUCGCAGAAUCUGCAAGUGAGCCAGUUAAGAAAGAUGCUUCUCUUCCUAGCUCAGUUUCUGUACGUAGUUGAUUGCACCAGUUAGAUAGGAAAAGAAUUUAAUACGAAACACCAAAUUGUACAAUUGACAUACCAGGCAUAGCUAGCCCAGUCAGGCAGUGUAUGAACAAUAUAGUCUGCACCAUUUUGUGGACAAAUCAUUUUGAAUGUUGGAAUCCGUGCUGCCAGGGUUUGUUGCAGAAUUGCCCAGUCAUCUAAAA